GGGACCUCAUCGACCUGGUGACGCUCUGGAAGCGCAAGUGCCUGCGGGAGGGCUUCAUCCCCAAGGACUGGGACCAGCCUGUGGCCGACUGGAAGGUCUUCUACUUCCUGUGCAGCCUGCGCAGGAACCUCCUGCACAACCCCUGUGCUGAAGAGGGGUUUGAGUUCUGGAGCCUCGACGUGAACGGUGGCGAUGAGUGGAAAGUGGAGGACCUGUCCCGGGAGCAGAGGAAGGAGUUUCCCAAUGACCAGGUCAAGAAAUACUUCGUGACUUCUUAUUACACCUGCCUCAAGUCCCAGGUGGUGGACCUUAAGGCUGAAGGGUACUGGGAGGAGCUCAUGGACACCACGCGGCCGGACAUUGAAGUCAAGGACUGGUUUGCAGCCAGGCCGGACUGUGGGUCAAAGUACCAGCUGUGCGUCCAGCUGCUGUCUUCUGCACACGCCCCGCUGGGGACCUUCCAGCCAGACCCAGCGACAAUCCAGCAGAAGAGUGAUGCCAAGUGGCGAGAGGUCUCCCACACGUUCUCCAACUACCCGCCUGGCGUCCGCUACAUCUGGUUCCAGCACGGCGGCGUGGACACUCACUACUGGGCCGGCUGGUACGGCCCAAGGGUCACCAACAGCAGCAUCACCAUCGGGCCGGCGCUGCCCUGACGCCCCCUGGACCCCCAGCCACAGAACACGAGCGGGUAAACUGCUCUCAAAAAAGGGCUGGGCCAGGGCCGGGAAACGGCGUGCAAGCCAGGCGUGCCCAGACCUCGCCCCUAGCCGCCCCUUCCUCCGUGGCCGUGUAGCAGGGCAGCGCUUCACUGGUGCCGACCGGAAGGAUCACAUUGCAGGUCUGGGGGCCUCUAGAGAUGGAGCAUCGGAGGUUAGCAGAAUGCAGGGGUUUCCCAGGCUCUGAGAGAGGGGCUCCAAGCUCGGACACCAGCCCAGAUCUGUGCCUCUGCUUACACACACGCACACAGACUAUUUGCCCUGUGUUCUCUGGGAGCCCUUGAGCAGGGUCAGGUGAGGCAUCAGUGUGACCGCCUUUGACAGGGCAGAUGUUGGGAGGUGGGCCUGCAACCAGGACAGAUGUGGGAGGGAGAAGGAGGCUUCUCGGAUGGUCCCACCCUCCAUUCUGCCGCUCCUAAGUGCCCCCCGCUCCUGCCUGCCCAGAAGAGGCGGCCCUGGCCCAGAGCCUCAGGCCUGGUCUGCCACGGACAGGGCGGAGCAGGCAGUGGGCGGAGUCCAGAGGGGUGUGGCCUGUCCCAGAGCGGAUGCGCAGCAGGUGGGGGCGGUGCUCUCCGAGAGACCAGGGAGCCCUGCACAGGGCAUGCCAGGGAAUCUGGGCCCAGGACCAGCCCCCGACUCUGAGGGCUGGGACGUGGGAACCCAGGGUGAAGAGGGUGAGCAUUUUCCGGGGCCACCUGUCCACCUCCGUGCUCUGGCCAGACCCCGCCCCAGAAGCACCAUUCCAGAGCUUCCUAGCCACCACCAAACCCUACAGCAUGCAGUCAAAUAAAGGUGUUCCCAGCCCUGCUCUCCCUGUGGCACCGGCAGGGGCCGGGCCUGUUGGCUACAAGGUGUGGCUUCUGUCCCCAGAGAGAGGCUAAUAAUGUUCAGGGGCCAGAUCAUCCCAGAGCCUGGUCACAGUGAGCCCCCUCAGCCAGGUACAAACACCUUGCUCUCCCCCAGCCCUCACUACAUGUCCACCAGGACGCUGCUUCCCACGGUCACUCUCUGCCAAGAGCUUUACUGACCUUGGAUGCGGCUGAAGCAGUUGGAAUGGUCCCUUGCACACAGUAGGUGCUCAAUAAAUGCUCAAGUGUCAUGAUCUCAACCAUGGGCUAGAUUAGGGCCCAGUCAGGGUAGGCAGGGACCACCACCCACCAGCUGGAAAAAAAGCCAGUCUUGGUUUUUCUCCGGUACCGGGAACUGAACUCACGACCCUGCGCUUGCCAGGCAGGCGCUUUUGCCGCUGAGCUAAAUCCCCAGCCCCUAAAAAGCCAGUCUUCCAUGGAGAAGAUGCAGCCCUGAAUGUGACAGUGCUCAACCUGGACAACCCUUGCUGUUUGCCUGAACAUGAAGCUUUAAAAUUC